AUGGCCUUUGCCAGUCUCCGCAAGGUGCUCAUCAGCGACAGCCUGGACCCCUGCUGCCGGAAGAUCCUGCAGGACGGGGGGCUGCAGGUGGUGGAGAAGCAGAACCUGAGCCGGGAGGAGCUGAUCGCCGAGCUGCAGGACUGUGAAGGCCUCAUCGUCCGCUCGGCCACCAAGGUGACCGCUGACGUCAUCAAUGCGGCCGAGAAGCUCCAGGUGGUGGGUAGGGCUGGCACGGGAGUGGACAACGUGGACCUGGAGGCGGCCACCAGGAAGGGCAUCCUGGUGAUGAACACGCCCAACGGGAACAGCCUCAGUGCUGCAGAGCUCACCUGCGGGAUGAUCAUGUGCCUGGCCAGGCAGAUUCCCCAGGCGACAGCCUCGAUGAAAGAGGGCAAGUGGGACCGGAAGAAGUUCAUGGGGAUGGAGCUGAAUGGAAAAACCCUGGGAAUUCUCGGCCUGGGAAGAAUUGGCAGGGAGGUGGCCACCCGGAUGCAGUCCUUUGGGAUGAAGACUGUAGGGUACGACCCCAUCAUUUCGCCGGAGGUCUCUGCCUCCUUUGGUGUUCAGCAGCUCCCCCUGGAGGAGAUCUGGCCGGUGUGUGAUUUCAUCACAGUGCACACGCCUCUCCUGCCCUCCACGACAGGCUUGCUGAACGACGGCACCUUUGCCCAGUGCAAGAAGGGGGUGCGCGUGGUGAACUGUGCCCGGGGCGGGAUCGUGGAUGAGGGGGCGCUGCUGCGGGCGCUGCAGUCUGGCCACUGCGCUGGAGCCGCACUGGACGUGUUCACAGAAGAGCCGCCCCGGGACCGAGCUUUGGUGGACCACGAGAACGUCAUCAGCUGUCCCCACCUGGGGGCCAGCACCAAGGAGGCCCAGAGCCGCUGUGGAGAGGAAAUUGCGGUGCAGUUUGUGGACAUGGUGAAGGGGAAGUCUCUCACGGGCGUUGUGAACGCCCAGGCCCUCACCAGUGCCUUCUCCCCGCACACUAAGCCUUGGAUUGGCCUGGCGGAAGCUCUGGGGACCCUGAUGCGCUCCUGGGCUGGAUCCCCCAAGGGGACCAUUCACAUCACGACACAAGGAACAUCCCUGAAGAAUGCAGGGAACUGCCUGAGCCCCGCGGUCAUUGUGGGUCUCCUGAAGGAAGCGUCCAGUCAGGCCGACGUGAACCUGGUGAACGCCAAGCUGCUGGUGCAGGAGGCCGGCCUCAGCGUCACCACCUCACACAGCCCCACGGUGCCCGGAGACCAGGGCAGUGGGGAGAGCCUCCUGACAGUGGCCCUGAAGGGCGCCCCCUACCAGGCGGUGGGCUCUGUCCAAGGCACCACCCCAGUUCUGCAGGCACUCAACGGAGCCGUGUUUAGCCCCGCGGUGCCUCUGCGCCGGGACCUGCCGCUGCUUCUGUUCCGGGCUCAGGCUUCCAGCCCUGCCAUGCUGCCCACCGUGAUCGACCUUCUCACCAAGGCGGGCGUGCAGCUGCUGUCCUACCAGCUCUCGUCGGUGUCCGAGGGGGCCACGUGGCACGUCAUGGGCAUCUCCUCCCUUCUGCCCAACCUGGACACGUGGAAGCAGCACGUGACAGAAGCCUUCCAGCUCCGCUUCUGAGCCUGGGCCUGCUUCCUGGAGUCCAGCCU